AUGAUUCUUGUCAAGCUGACCGUACCAUUUUUUCUUUUCGCUGUUGCCGCCGAAUCCCGCAAUAUCACCAUCUACAACAGAUGUCCAUUCACCAUUUGGCCAGGAAUCCUUGGACCCGGAAAUCCAGCUGGAGGAGGUUUCAAGUUGGAUGCAGGGCAAUCCAGAAACAUUAACGUAGAUGAUGCCUGGACCGCUGGAAUCAUUUGGGCAAGAACUACAUGUGAUGGAAACUUCAACUGCGAGACUGGAUUCUGCAGAAAUUCUGAGCAAUGUAAUGGAGCAGGAGGAGUCCCACCAGCAUCUCUUGCUGAAUUCACUUUGAAGUCGUGGGGAGGACCAGACUUGUAUGACGUUUCUCUUGAGGACGGAUACAACAUCCCCGUUCUGAUUGAGCCACAUGGUGGAUCUGGAUGUAAACGUGCCGGUGGGUGUGUCAAGGAUAUCAAUUCUGAAUGCCCAGAAGCGCUCUCCGUGAAGGGACACAACGGAUACACAGUAGCCUGUAAAUCUGGAUGUCUGGGAUACAACACCGACCAAGAAUGCUGUCGUGGAGCUUAUGGAACUCCAGAAAAAUGUCAUCGUUCGGCCACUGAUCAGAUGUUCAAGGAUGCCUGUCCAACUGUGUAUACCUACCGCUUCGAUGAUCCAUCGUCUACAUUUACAUGCCAAUCAAAAGCAUCUUACACCGUUCAGUUCUGUUAG